GGGUAGAUUGUGAGCACUUUCUACUUUCGUUUACGUGCUUUUGUUGAUUCACGUGCACUUUCCCACGACAGAGGACUUUCACCCUCCGCUACCCUUGACCCCACCUGAACCUCACCUGUUUCAGCAGGGUGGACGACUUCAGGUGAAGGAAGUACCUGUCAUGUUUCUGGAUACGAGGAGCACGGUACACCGAGGCCGCUAAAUGGCCAGUCCACAGCAGGACGGUGACACCAACAGCGAGGCCAUGUACUCGUCAUCAUCCUCAUCGCCUCCGGGAGAACCCCUGACCAAACUGCAAUGCCAUUCGCCAGGGGGAAGCCUGAGUCCACCCCUGAGCCCACACGAGUACACGUGCUCUUCCACCACCACCUCGCUCUCUACAGUGUCCAAAGGGGGCACUGGGGGUUCUGGGGGAACCCACAGCAAUGGGGGAGGCUCUUCAUCCCCCAGGAGGCUGUGCCUGGUGUGUGGAGAUGUGGCAUCUGGCUUCCACUAUGGUGUGGCCUCGUGUGAGGCAUGCAAAGCUUUCUUCAAGCGUACCAUACAGGGCAACAUCGAAUACACAUGUCCGGCAUCCAGCGACUGCGAGAUAAACAAGCGGCGGAGGAAAGCUUGCCAAGCCUGCCGAUUUCAAAAGUGCCUCAAGAUGGGCAUGCUCAAAGAGGGUGUACGGUUAGACAGGGUUCGAGGUGGAAGGCAAAAAUAUCGUCGAAACCCUGAUGGCCCUUAUCAGGUUCAGUCAUUGCAGCCCAAAAAGUCUCUCGAAGAAAAUGUAAUCAUCUCUGCGCUCGUUCACUGUGAGCCGGAACCAUUGCUGGCGCUUAACUCCACUGGAAGCAACACCGGCUCUUCUUUAGGAGACUCUCAGUACAAGACUGUCAGCGUACUCAGUGAAUUAGUUGACAGAGAACUGGUAGCCACCAUUAGCUGGGCUAAACAGAUUCCAGGUUUCACGGACCUCACACUAAACGACCAGAUGCGUCUGCUACAGACAACAUGGGCAGAGAUCCUGUCUUUGGCACUUGCUUACAGGUCGUGCCAACUGUCUCCUCCGCCACGAUUGAUGUUUGCAUCUGACCUGGUCCUUGAUGAGCGGCAGGCGUCGGACUGCCGGGCUCAAGAAUUAUUUGUCCAUAUGGUUCAUCUCAUCAGGAGGCUAGAAGUGCUGUCCAUUUCUAGAGAAGAAUUUCUAGCACUGAAGGCACUCAUCCUAACAAAUGCAGACAUUCUCCUCGAAGAUGCCACUUCGGUGCACAAACUGCGUGACGCUGUGAUGCAGGGGCUCCACGACUGUGUUGUGGCGCAGCGCAGUACCUCUUGUGGUUCAUCGCCUACGUUGAGUACGACGCAGACGGCAGGGGCGCACGCCAGCCAACUGCUCCUCUGCCUGCCCCUCCUACGACAGCUCGACACCGUAGUGCGGCGAUUUUGGAACGGCGUCCGGCGUGACGGUUGCGUUCCCAUGAACAAGCUCUUUGUCGAGAUGCUAGAGUCACAUGCACUCGUGCGGUGAGUGGGACGUUGCCCAACUAGUGUGUGUUGCCGUUUUUUCCCUUUUCGUUUUAGAAAUGAGUGUGUAAGUAGGUGAAACAGUGCUGGUGUGAGUGUUGCAGUAUGAUAGUCUGCUUGUGACAGUGUCAAAAAAAAAUAAUAAUAAUAAUGCCGCGUAGUGUACAGAGGUGUUCUCGAUGGGGCUGGGUGGAGGUCUUUUGAAAAAGAAAAAAGAGAGAGUCACGGUGGUGCAUAAUGCUUGUUCCUCCGGCUACUGGUAUCUUUUGUUAUGAUCAGAAAUGUGUGGAGUCGCUCAUAGGGUAAAGGCAGCUAAGGUGAAAGAAGCCAACCUUGACUUUGGGUUUCUUUUACUUUUCCAAGUACAUAGCUGAAAAAGAAAACAUGAAAACUUGUGGCAAACAUUGCCAACGCGGCAAGUCAAAAGUGGUGUCCUAUUGACACGUAGCAUGUAGUAACACUGGAGUGUUACUACCUGCUGAUGUUGGGGAAAUCAGAUCAUGUCAAAGUACUUUGGUACUUGAAGGAUGUUUGCAUUUGAUGGUUUUACUAAAGCCACUCAUUACUUUGAACACACCGUACUAACCGGAAUAUGGGUAGAAGACUAAAAAAUGGAAUAAGAAAGACACACCAGAAAAGUCGACCCUCUCACAUCUCAGUCUUGGCAGGAAAAACAAUCUCUCAACAAUGGAUGGUGAAUGCAGCCAUCUUCUUCUCUUUUUCUGUACAGUGCUGGAUGGAGCGGUGUCAUUUCAAGUCCCCGGAUUAAUCCCGUCAUGAUCAUUAUUACAGACUCUAAAAAUUGCAAAACUUUAAAACCUAAAGACUUGAGCUGGUCCACCCCUCAGAACAAGUGCACACACCCACUCCGUCAGUUCCGAGGGUGUCAGUGAGGGAGAGAACGAGGCUCUCUCUCACUCUCCCAAUAUUCCAUUAACUAUUAAUACUAAUAAUUUGGGGCUUUACGCCGCGAGACAACUGCGAUCGUGAGCAUUUUCCAUAAACGUAUUGUCCAGCACUGUAACUGUGCAUUGUGCUUACAAUUUGUGCUGCGUUGCUUUGGGAUGCUCCUUAACGCAUUCCAUACCGAAUUUAUUAUUGAAGUAAGUCCGACUUUUUCUGUGUAUAAAAACUGUUUAUCUUUUCUCACAAUUUGUGGGCUGGGGGUUAACUUAUAUUCUGGAUUCCGGUUCAACCUGUAUUCCGGUUUCUACGGUAAAUCGUGGUAGGUAAGGCUCGCGCUGUGUCAAAGUAUACGGCGAGCCUUCGUAUUAGAUGUUGUUUGGCUUCCCCACAGGAAUGAUCCACCCCUUUGUUAGUCAUGUUGGUCAUACAUGGUGUACAGAAACAUGCCAUCUAGCUAAUCAUGUUUCCUGGAAAGGCGAGAUUUUUCUUCUUUUUUUUAAAUCUCCUUCAUGUGUGUGGCCUUAAUCCUUUUUUUAAAUCACCAUUUCAUCGCGUAGUGUGAAAUCUAUUUUUUUCUCAAAAAGAAAGAAUCAUGGGUUAUAAUUAUGUUAUAAGUGACAGCGCAUUUUUUUCAAGAAAUGGCCGCAUUGAUGCGGAAAAUCAAGUGAGACAAAUUUCUCCGUCUGCACUUGCAACUGCAUAGUGAAAGUGUAAUACAGCAAUAUGGCAGCGUACAGUGAAACAUGGGACACGCAAGUUUGUGCAGGCUGCAGGGGGAUGGGUACAGGAACAUGGGCUGCAAUACAUAUAACCGCAGUGUCGGAUCACAGUUGAGAAAACUGGGAAUGGAAAUGCUUGUAUACAGGGUAGCACAGCACAUGUGACACCUGGUACCUUUCAUGUUCGCUGUGCAUAAUGAUACCGAUGCUUGCAGAGCUGCUGCCUUGCACAGAUACAAAGUGCACGUGAAAUCUUGAGAACCAGUCUUGAGAAUUAAAAAAAAAACGAUGGUUCUGCGAAAAUGGUACAAGGAGAUGUACGACUGUUCGAGAUCUUGAAGGCAGAUGAAGUAUCUUGGUUCAGUUCCAUAUCGUUUUAACACUCUCUUAGUAAUGCAUGCCUGUAUUUCUGCAAUAAUCUUCCAGCUUAUUCCUUUACAUUUCUGCACAUUUGUAGCGAGUUUUGUCAGGGGAGGCAUGUGCAUGUAAGUCACGUAAUCUCUAGAAAUUGCCUUUUUUCUUCUUCGUGCACAAACAACACAUUGACAUCUGUAGCGGUUAGUAUGGGCAUUCAUCAUCACCUUUUCCUCACUGUUAUAUGUGAGAGGAGUGUAUGCAAAAAUAUGUUGCAAGAUAUUUUUAGAUAUACAUGAAACGUAGCAAAAAAUAAGCCAGAGUGACAUGUUUACAUCAUAACCAUAGUUAUGAAGUAACCAUGUCACUCUGGCUUUUUUGUUGCGAUAUUUCAUAUUUAUUUCUGCAUAAAUGAGCAGAUGUGGAACACAUUCAAGAAAACACACAUGCUUGAAGAAUAACACUAGAGGAACUAAUGCACCAAUGAUAACAUGUCGUUUGCUUUGCCGUCUGCGUUAAGGUUAGUGGGUUGUACACUUAGCAAUGUACUUCCUUGCCUGAACCAUCUGUAGCUUUAUGGUUUAUGCCCUUCUGUAUCACUGUCGCAUGCUUUCCGUUUUACUUACAAGUGUUGAGAACCCUCUUUAUUAUGUGAACACUACGAUGUGUCACACCUACCGUACCCUCAACUUUUCUGUCAUGCUGCAGUAUGGCUUCCUGGUGCCAUAUGGAAGCUUUGCGACUGUAGUUCUUUUGUUGCAAACGAGAUUGGUGUGCAGGAAAGCAGUCUCUGCAAGCAUAAACAAAUAAACAAUAGUGAUAAAAUACACUACUCAACACAUCCCUUGAGUCGUAUGGAACUUUGGCAGGAAAGAUGUCUUUCAUUUCCAUCUAUGUCUCUGCCUGCAUAUUUUCUCUUAAUUUCUCACAAGAACACUGUAGACAAUCACGGCUGCAACUUAUCUCUUUCAGUGGCUUCGCAGAUUACAGGGCUUGAUGCUUGUCAUCGUGGAUGCGUUUGUAUGCUUGGAACUAACGGUUAUCUGAAUUCCACGUAACCCUCGUUUAGUGUUGGAGGUCAGUAAAACAGUGGUGAGAUAGAUAAAUAUCCUGCGUUGUUGCCUGACAAAAAAGAGAGCAAAUUUUGUCAACUGUGGUAUUGGAAUGAUUUGCAAUUUGAUAAAAACCGGGCAGGAACUCUUAGGUAUUCCUUAUUAGGUAUUAGGUAUUAUUGCACACACCUGUUUCUGUGUCCUAUUCCACAUUGCUUCCCGUACGUUAGAGUAAAAACAUAAAAAAUAUGCGUAUAUUUUUAUGCCUCUAUUUCUGCCAUAUCUCUGUACAGCAUUCGUAGAGCUUGACUACUUAACUGCCUUUGAUAGGGUGCACUUGACAUAUCGAACUGAAAUUUGUGGCAGGUGAUGUUGUUAUUACUUGCACCGUAGGAAGCACUAUAAGCGAGAGGUUGUCAAGAACGUGUGAUUUCAGAAAAUUAUUGAAUGUGUGGGUUACGUUGUGGUUUUCUUUACGUGCAUCAUACAUUACCUACAAAAAAUAGGCAUUUGGGACCGAGGUGUCGGACAUGUCAUUGGAGUGAAGACACAAAAAUGAAAAAAAGAAAGGGUGUGUAUGAUUGAAAAUUUUCAGAUGGCGUAUUAAAUUGUAUUACAGAGCACACAUGCAUAUGUAGAAAUAUUUGGAACAUUUGGGAGGUUGCUCGCAUGCAACUUGUAAACGAAAAAACUUUUCAGCAGUGCUAACAUUUGUCAUUUAAUGGAAUUCCGUGAGCAAAAAUGUCUGAGGACAGUGGCAGGAAGAAAUACAACCCUAGCAUCGCCUAAGAUCACUUGCUUGUGCUGCUGGUCUUUGUCUGUGCCCCUAUACUAGAUACCAAACUCUAGGUUUAAUAUGGGGGAACAAUUUGACAAAUUGGGACACAUUCUCAAAAGGUGUAACAUCCUCACUACAGACGACUCUCCCGAUCUCGUAAUGGUACCUUCACCAAGUUCACGUAGUACACGCACUUCCGUCCAUGCAAGAAAAAAAAAAACAUCAAGUAUCGAGAAGCUACAGAAAAUGAAAUAUUUUGCAGUGAAGAGUGUCUCGGCAGAAUGAACCUGGACGGUGCCUCCCGCUAUCGAUGUAAAAAAGCACUAUGUUUGACUCAAACACAUGCACGUAUUACAUCAUUCUGUGUUGUUGGAACGGUCGACAAUUGUUUUGAUGGAGUGUCACCGAAAUUUCUUCCAUAGUCGAUUAUUUACUGAGUCUUCAACAUCAAUGAUAUACCACAUUGUGGGGUUUGCCUUUGCAUGCGUAUUUUCAUCGUGUUCUCCGUAUUAUUGCGCUAUUCUAGCUAAAGUUUCAUCUCCUACAAAAAAAUUUCUAGUAACGCAAGAGCAGCCGCUGCUCACUUCGACUUGGUACAUAAUCACUGCAGAAAUAUAUUUAAUAAUAGACGUACAGAGGGAAACAUUGCAUCUCUCCCUUUGAGGCAUAGGAGUGGGCAUAAUUUGAUCUUCUGUGAUUUGCAUACAGCACGUUUUCUGUUUGGCACCAUUCCCUAUGGAGAAAUUUAAAGACUUCCUGAGAACAACAGUAUUGCAGCGCAUGUGUCAAAACAUUCUGCUACAACAAUGGAAAGGUUCUACAGAUUUGGACCUUUUUGGGCGUGACGUGGCACAGUGGUGAACCUUAGUUAACAAGCAUUGAAGCUCGAGGUCGUGUCUCUUAUUCUUUGUUUUUGGCACCUUUAUGCAUACAGAAGAAAACUUUGCAUCAACUCUGUUGGUUCCUUUUUCCAUUUAGUCCACUUUAGUCCAUUUUGCUAUGAUCUCAGAAUUCAAGUUUUGGCACUUAGAAGUGAAACAUCCCUUCUUGGCCCCCUUGUUAUUGUUGUAUUACAGGCACUUGAUUUGCCAACUCUGCCAUUGCAAGUUUGUUCUGUUAUUUUGCUGCACUUUCAGCCUUUUGGAAAGGUGUUGUGCGUAGAAGCCAAUGUGCUUUUUGUCUGUUUCGCCAAACAAGAGUAAAAGCUACUUGCAUGCAUUGUUUUGUGGAUUCUGUCGUGAAUAUUUGUAUGUUGGAAUACUUUAGCGGGUGUACAGUAUUAGAUUUUUUCUUUCUUAAAAUGGGCUAGAUUUGUUUACUUUCUAGCUGGCACUGGGUUCACGAGGUGCUGUAUAGGAUAGCAAAUAGUUGAUUUUUUAGCGUCGACAAUGAGUGGCUCAUUUGUGGCUCGUGCACACGACAGGUUUUUGACAGGGAACGCUGCGAAGAGAUGUUUUGUUUUGCGCAAUGUAUUUGGUCUAAUGGACAAUGAUGCAACAUCCAUGUAAGUGAACAUCAUGGUGAAUGAAAGUCAGUCCCUUCACUUUGCUCCUGUACAGGGAAAAAGUGACGUGAUGCGAUGCGACCUUAGCUAGUGAGAGAUCAGCAGCUUCAUAAGACACUGUGCAACAACGCAGCACCUUUGUAGUGCUGCCUUAUGCUGCUUCUGGAAUCUCAUUGGAUAAGAGAUGGAUUGCACCAAGUUUCAAGCAGCUUAGGGAGGAGUCUUGUGGAGUGCUGCAGCUCCUUCAGACACGUUGUUCAAAACAAAGUUUUUUGACAAGCAUAGGACACUUAGAAGCAGAGGAAGUGGCACUAAAUUUAGUGGAACAUGUUCGUUAAAGUAGUUUGUACGAGUACAAUGGCGGUAAACAGAAGAUGCCACAGAAUAGGCAACGAGAACAUUGACACAGUAGCAGACGACACUUCCCGAGAAGGAAAAAGCAUUUGUAAGCUAAAAAAAUCAUAGGCUUAGUGCACCUGUUCUAGCUUAGUGAACUGAGAUGUCUGUUAGCCUAGUCUGGAAUGUAUGUAGUGUGGGAACACGUUUGUGUUCAGUAUUUCCUCUUAAAAAAAAUUUGAUGUCUCGUUUAGACUGGCACGGGGCAAACCCUGAGAUUCCACAGUGGUAAACAAAAGCAAUAGACUCUUCUGCAGAAGCAAAAACCGAAGAGUACAAAUCUGUUGUUGCUUUACAGCCUUCCAAAAAGUCUGCAGAGCUGUCAGAGAAUAUAUAGUUACAUCUCCAUGGUGAUUGUGCUUUAGACUGCUAUGGUGAAAUAUUGCAGAUUAGUGUUUAGUUAGCCAUUGGGGCCACGUACUGGUGGAUGAGGCAGUAUUUUUGAGCCUAUUUCAGCCAAACGGUAGUAAUUGUGCCGAUCGAGCACUGCAAGAAUGAAUACAUUUUCAAAAGCUUGCUGCUAAUGCUAAUGUUUUUAUUAACAAAAACUGAAAAAUCACCUUAGAAAGAUAGGAAAAUCAUUACUUUCAAAAAUGUAUGCUGCAAAAGCUGAGAAGAUUUUGUGAGGAUCUUGAAAUAUCCUAGAUAUAGUACAAACAGUGCUUAACCACUGUAGGGAGGUUCUACAGCGCUGUCUCUUUUGUGAAGCUUGUCUUACGAGGUUACGUGGCUCCUACUUUGCUAUUUGUUCUGUCUAGCACAUGGUAUUGCUGAAUAUGUGUCAUAGCUGUACUACCGAGUACUUACUCUGUUCUGUUUUUUGCAAAAAAAUCACAGUAGCAGCGCUGCUCGACUAUGGUAGUUACUGUUAGCUUACAGUGGACAGUUAUGGUGACCUGAGCUUUGUUGUCUGUACUGUGAAACGGAUCAAAUUUCUAAAUGUCUGUAUAUGCUCAAGGUUCCACGCACAUUUCGAUGGCUGUCUGAUCACAUGCAAUACAGUACUGCUGUUUCAGCUGGCUGUUGCAACUUUCUCUGUGUAUCAUGCAGGAUGCUUUCAUUUCAUAAGCAAUUGGUUUACCACAACUUUAGUCAUUGAAUGUGUGUGUGCGCAUUGUGUAAAUUGGCAUCCUUUGCAAUAUGCUUUCUGUUUCCCCUGUAGUUCAACAUUGAUUGUAACACUGCCACAAUCUAAGAGGCUUGCCAAAGAAUGCAAUGGUAUCUAUUAUUUAUCGCUACUUGAAUCAAGUGAAGGAUUGCAUAAAUAUUACAUUACGUGAACAUCAAGGAUUGGUGACAAACCAUUGAGCAGCAAAUCACGAGCGAGCAAUGGUUGUUACAUAUUGAGGUAUGCUGUCAUGACUCCUUCCUGCAUUUCCAGCCACUGUGCAUCGUAGCAUGCAUGCACCGUGGGCAGGAACGUCGUAUUCACACGAGCGAGCAGAAGCAGAAGACGCGAAAGUGUUCACUGCUAACUGUGGUGAAUAUCCUGCGACAGAACCAAAAGAUAUUCCGUAGCAGACGACAGGAAAGACGGAGUCGUCUGCGCAGUACGCCACUCCCGAUAUUCCGCACUGUGUGAAUGCUCAACAUGUGAGCUUUCACUUUUUCUUCCACUAGAACUUCCGUGAGGAUGUCGCUCGUGUGAAUACACAGUUACUCCGCAAAGCCUCUCAAUCAAAGAACGCUUCGAAACAUUCUCCUUUCCUUGGAGAGACCCUUGUGUUUUGAAAAUCUGCUUUGAUUUCAGCAGCUAUAAAAUGGGUGACAUCCGGUGGAAAAUAAAAAAAAGUACUUGUAGCAUUUUUGAUGACCACUGGAUCCCAAGCUGUUUUGGUGAAUGCGUAGUACAAACUGGGGAGUAAAAAUGUGUUUUACCCGGUUUAACCCAAAAACACAAGGCGCUAAGCAUGCACCAUAGAGUCUGGUAUUGUUGCCGAGGCUCGAUUUGUAAUCGAGAAAUCCGUAUGUCACGGUAUUAUAAAGGGUAUUAUGUCGUGGUAUUCACAAAGGGCUGUGGUGGCUGUGCAUUCUUAACUGUAUAACGAAGCAGUCAGUUAACGUAUGUUAAAGGGGUUGCGACACUUUUGCAUAUGUGGUUCGUUUGAUCGUGCACACCACAGUAUUGAAGAAUAACAAAAUAUUUUUCUAUGUGUCAUUCUCAUUGGUUCCCGUAAGCAUGUGACCUCUCCCGCACUGCCUGCAGUGAUGUCAGAUGACGCUAUUACCCGUAAACCUUGCAGUCAAGGUUCACAUGGAUGAAAAUAGGUAACUGUCAUGACCCCUUUCAGAUUAAAUGAAAUCCUUCCACUGAUCCAAGUAGAGCUUGCAUUAUCGACUACAGGGUGCAGAGAGGGGUGCGAACGAGUCGAGCAUUCGUAGAACAGUACAAAUGAACAGCGCAUUGUACGUGUAAACUAAAGCACAUUGUAGAGGAAACCCUAUGCAUCACUUGCGAUGUUUCCGUACUCCUCUCAGAUACCACUGCCACAAAAAAAGAAAACGGAAAAAACGCGGGAUUGGGAUGUUUCCUGUCGUGCUCACACAGAGGGCGGUGGAACAUGUUUUGUUCUUUUUUCAGUGCCUGCCAUGUACAUAGUACUGACAUUAUGUGAUAGUUAAUGUUGCUGUCAAGCACGGUCACUGAGGAGAAUUUUCAUUGUUGCCCAAACACUCCUGUUGGAAAUAAAGGAGUAAAAAGUUA